GGGACUGAUAGUUCCCAGACAGUGACCGCGCAGGCGCAGUCCACGGAGACAGGGGAGCCUUGACUGCCCUGCGGAUCCCGCACCUACGCACAGGACACCAGGGACCCCUCUGUCAUCAGGUUUCUUGUGUAAGAAUCUGUCUAAGCCACAACACCUUCUCUGCUCUGGUCUAGAUCCUUCUCUUGGAGGUGCAUGCCCAGGACCCAGCAAUGGCCACUGGGACCCUGAUGGCAGAGAGCCAGGAAUCAGUGACCUUCAAUGAUGUGGUUGUGGACUUCACCCUGGAGGAGUGGGGCCGGCUGGGGCCUGGCCAGAGAGAGCUGUACCGUGAUGUGAUGCUGGAGAACUACAAGAACCUUCUCUCACUGGGGGCAGGGUUUCUUGGGUCCAAACCUGAUAUAAUCUCCCGUCUGGAGCGAGGGGAAGAACCACAGAUGGAGGAAAGAGAAGCCCAGCAAAUUACCUGUCCAGACUUGGAUUUGAGCUCUGUGACUACUCAGGAGAUACCUCCAAAAAAGAGUAUUUGUGGACAGUCAGCUUCACCAGUGGAGGGAAUUUUAAGGGCUGUACUUGGUGAUGCCAAGUUGAGGGAACCCCAGGCAUGUUGCCAUCCAUUGGAGGACCUGGGAAAUCAGGAGAGGCAUUUGAGGUGCUUAUUUGCUACUACCAAGGGAGACACCUCAGGGGAGAAAGGCCUCAGGAGUAAUGAGUUUGAGAGAAACCUGAGGUGGGCCUCUGUCCUCAUCAGGAAGCAAAGAGUACCUGGUGGAGAGAGGGCCCAGAAGUGGAGCAGGCCACAGAAGACCUUGAAACACCAAAGGACCUUCAUAGAGAAGAAACCAUUUAACUGCACAGAAUGUGAGAAAGGCUUUGUUUACCAUUCAGACUAUAUUCUACAUCAGCGAAUUCAUACUAGAGAGAAACCCUACAAGUGCAAUGAAUGUGGGAAGGCAUUCAGCAACAGCUCAUAUUUCAUUCAGCAUCAUAUCAUUCACACAGGAGAGAAGCCCUAUGCCUGCCACGAAUGUGACAAGACCUUUACUCAGAGCUCAUCACUUACUGAGCAUCAGAGGAUUCACACUGGAGAGAAGCCCUACAAAUGCAAGGACUGUGGGAAGGCCUUCACACAGAGCUCAUCCCUCAUUAAACACCAGCGAUGCCACACUGGGGAGAAACCCUAUAAAUGUGAUGAGUGUGGGAAGUUCUACUCACAGGUCUCCCACCUCACCCGCCAUCAGAAAAUCCACACGGGGGAGAAGCCUUACAAAUGUGGCGAGUGUGGCAAGGCCUUCUGUCACACUUCUUCCCUCACCCAACACCAAACCAUCCACACUGGGGAGAAACCAUACAAAUGCAAUGAAUGUGGGAAGACCUUCAGCCACAGCUCCUCCCUAACUCAGCAUCAGCGAGUCCACACUGGAGAGAAACCCUACGAAUGCACUGAGUGUCACAAAGCCUUCAGUCACAGUUCCUCCCUGACUCAGCACCAGAGAAUCCACACUGGUGAGAAACCUUAUGAGUGUCAUGAGUGUGGGAAGGCUUACACACAGAUUUCCCACCUCAUGAGGCACCAGAGUAUUCACAUGGAAGAAAAGCCCUACCUAUGCAGUGAGUGUGGAAAGGCUUUCAGCCACACCUCAUCCUUUAUUCAACACCAGACAAUUCACACUGGUGAGAAGCCCUACAAAUGUAACGAGUGUGGGAAAACCUUCAGCCAGAACUCUUCCCUCACACGCCACCAGAGGAUUCACACAGGAGAGAAACCUUAUGAGUGUCAAGUUUGUAGGAAAGCCUAUACCCAGAUCUCCCACCUUAUUCAACACCAAAGGAUUCACACUGGAGAGAAACCCUAUGAAUGCAGUGAGUGUGGGAAAGCCUUCAGUCGGAGCACCCAUCUCAUUGAGCACCAGAAGAUCCAUACUGGAAUGCGGAAUCUCCUUGCAGACAUGAGGAAACUGCAGAGGCUUACACCACCUGUUUGUUCAGAAAAGAUAAGUGAUAUGCCACCACAGAUUGUGUUCAAGGACCAACCAAGCCUAUGCACAAGGCUGAAAGAAUGACCAGUAUUAAUCUCUAGUUCAUUAAAAUACUAAAAUCUCCACACUGGGAGGGAAUUGUCUACCAUUUUUUGUUCAUAGGAUGUGUGUACUAGCAUGAUUUCUCACUUCAUUUGCAUGCCCUGUACUCCACCCCAAACACAUAAGGCAUUAACAUUUCCCUUAUGCACUAUUCAUUUCCAACUGCAGAAAAAACCCUGGAACCCUGUUGAUUGGGGACAUGGAUUUGAGACAGUCUGUGCCUUCCCCUCCCACCAGACGCAUCUCCUGCAAUAAAUCCUUUCUUCCUUGACAGUCCUCAUUGUCUCAGUCAUUGUUUUUCUGUUCCUUGAGCAGCAUAACGCCCCUUGUGGGGUUUGUUGUUGUUGUUUUGCCCCUUUGGUUUGUUAACAUGAGGUCUAACUCAGGAACUCAACCAUGACUGCAAGGACCUAGUUUUGUCUUGUCUGAUCACUUAGCUUCCUGAAGUGUUGCCUCAUCUAAGUCUGAAUCCCUGUUACUAGAUUGUUAGGGUUGCUGUAAUAAGUUACCACAAGUUCAAUGGCUUAAAUAACAAGAAUUUAUUUUCUUACAGCUCUGGAGGCCAGAAGUCAGACAACCAAGGUGUCAACAGAGCCAAGCUCCCUUCAAAGUUUCUAGGAAAGGAUCCUUCCUUGCCUCUUCCGGCUUCUGGUGGUUCCUGGUAUUGCUUAGCUCGUGGCCACAUCACUCUAAUUUCUGCCUGUUUUCACAUGGCUUUCUCUAUAUGUCUCUGUGUCCUCAACUCUUUUUAUGACACCACUGGAUUUAGGGUUCACCCUAACUCAGUAAUGAUCUCGUCUCAUCUCAUCUAAUUACAUCUCCAAACACCCCAUCUCUUUCUAUAAGGUUACAUUCCAAGGUUCCAACUAGGCAUGAAUUGGGCAGGGGGGGGGACAUUUAUUCAACCCACUACAGACUCCUAACAUUAAGAUGGCUGCAGCAUCUUCUUUACUUUUUACAAUCCAUGCCCAGCAGGAGAGAGAGUACGUUUAUCCCAGUGUUCUCAGCAGAGACCCUGAAAUUUCCUCUCAUUGGCCCAGCUUGGGUCAGAUGCCCAACUGUGAACCAAUCACUUUGGCUAGAGAAGGGAAUGCUGAUUGUCUUAACUAGAUUAUAUAUUAUUUGCCUACAAAUGGGGAUGGAAUUUUGAAGACAUGUGUCUCCAAGAGAAGCCAGGGCAGCUGGGGAGACAAAGAAUGGAUCUUAGAGAAGUGACAGACAUUCAUUAUAACCAGCAACAGCAGUGUCUUAUACUCCAGUGCCUGAGAAGUGUGCGGGACAUUGGUCAUUUAGGUCAUGGUGGGACAAGCUGUCUGCCUUGAUUGCUCAAAUCUCCUUCUCAGUGGAUAUUGAUACUGAUACAUUAGCAUAGACUGAGAUACUGUCAAAGGGAUUCAUGUUUCAUGAAUCAUGAAAGACAGUGAAUCAUUAAGUUCUCCAGCACUAGGAGUUAUAGUUUUGCAGAGUUCUAGAGCUGCAGCUAGGCCAGACAGAGAGAGGGGGUGACCCCUAUUUUCGUUUAAUUAGAGGACUCCGCUUUUAUCUGUUUUAUAUCAUAGAUUGGGCUCCUAGGUAUAGUUUUAUUUCUUCUUCUUCUUUUUUUUGUUAGAGACAGAGUUUCACUUUGUCGCUCUUGGUAGAGUGCUGUAGCAUCACAGCUCACAGCAACCUCCAGCUCUUGGGCUUAGGCCAUUCUCUUGCCUCAGCCUCUCGAGUAGCUGGGACUACAGGUGCCCGCCACAACUCCUGGCUAUUUUUUGUUGCAGUUUGGCCGGGACUGGAUUCGAACCCACCACCCUCGGUAUAUGCGGCCAGCACCCUACUCACUGAGCCACAGGUGCCACCCCAAGGUAUAGUUUUCUUAAAACAGUACUUAAUGUUAGGCAUCCAUAUGCCACCUCUUUUGAUGCUUCAUCUUUCUGAGACACCAAGACUCCUGUACCAAGACUCUCCUAACGUUUAUUUCAAUCAAUGUCCCUUAAAACUUUUGACAAUUGUGAAUGGACAACCAGCAUCACUUGCCAUGAAGGAAAGUUUGCCCUAAGAGUAAAUGCAACAAAAAGUACUGUUUGAAAAUGGCUAACAGAUACCACUGUCUACCCAAAGUGCUGAGCUUGGAGCUUGAGUCUUAGUCUUCGUUUAUCAAAGAAGAAACAGGGGCUCGGUGCCUGUAGCUCAAACGGUUAAGGCACCAGCCACAUACACCAGAGCUGGCAGGUUCAAAUCUCAGCCUGGGGCCUGCCAAACGACAACUACAACCAAAAAAUAGCCAGAUGCUAUGGCGGGCGCCUGUAGUCCCAGUUACUUGGGAGGCUGAGGCAAGAGAAUCACAUAAGCCCAGGAGUUGGGAGAUUGGAGGUUGCUGUGAGUUGUGAUGCCACAGCACUCUACCUGGGGAGACAGCUUGAGGCUCUGUCUCAAAAAACCCCAAACAAAACAAACAAACAAAAACAAAGAAGAGACAGGAAGCUGGGAGGUAUUAAAGCAAUACCUUUUCACUGAGGUGUCCAAAAGGAGUAAAAGAAUAGAAAAGGGACUUCCCUCAGUGUUAGUGAUACUUAAUAUAACAUCAUCUUCCAAUGUAGUGAUAUGUCUGCCACACUUUAGGAAAUGCUAUGUUAAAAGGAGCUCUGCUGCUAAAGAACAGAAUAUUUGAAAACCAUUUCUCUAGGUUACAGGAAUCCCUGGGACUGGAACUUUCCAAAAGAUUUCUAUUCAUUAGAGACACCUCUUCUACUUCAACCUGACACUUAAAAUGCCAGAAUCUACACACAUCAAAAAGAAAGCUAAUAUGUACUGUUCUCUAUAGGGAACUAAUAGGGUGGGGCAGAGGGACUUUUCCAUUUUGCUCUGUACACUUCUGUAUUGCUGGAAUAUUUUUAAAGAGUGCGUUACUGCGCAGCGCCUGUGGCUCAGUGAGUAGGGCCCUGGCCCCAUAUUCCCAGGGUGGUGAGUUCAAACCUGACCCCGGCCAAACUGCAACAAAAAAAAUAGCUGGGCGUUGUCACGGGCGCCCGUAGUCCCAGGUACUCAGGAGGCUGAGGCAAGAGACUUGCCGAAGCCCAAGAGCUGGAGGUUGCUGUGAGCUGUAACACCAUGGUACUCUACCGGGGGCGACAAAGUAAAACUCUGUCUUGAAAAAAAAAAAUAAAGAGUGCAUUACUUCUGUAAUAGAAAAUGGCACCUAUUCAUUGUGGGAAAUACUUAGAAGUAUGAGGAAGAAACUAAACUUCUUUAACUUAAAAACACUUGAAAUUUUAGUGAAUUUCCUUCAUCCUUUUUUCUGUAAUCAUUGUACUAUUGUUAUUUGUAAAUCCUCUAAAUAUAAUGGCUGAUGUCCUGCCUUAUCACUUACUAUUAUAUCAUGAGCCCUUCCCCAAAUAAUCAGAAAAUCCUCACGAGUGGGUACAGUGCUAAUAAUUACUGGGCUUACCAACUUUCAGUUCCUCUCUCUUAAGGCACGGAGGAGAUACUUUCAGCCUUUUUGCAUUUGGGCUGGUGUGAAUAGUUCUGGCCCAGGCAACAUGAAUGGAAGUGACAGGCAGCAUUGCAGAUGUUCCAAAUGGGGCCUUUGCCACUCUGGUCUCUUGAGGAGACAAGGCAGAUUCCCCCCAACCCUCUGCCAAACCACAGUGGACAUAUGAUAUGAAAGAAAUAAAAUUCUAUUCACCUACUGAGAUCUGAUACUGAAAUCUGUUGCCACAGUAUCUCAUUCAUCCUGAUAGGAUAUGUCAUUGAAAGGGGUGCCAGUCCUAAGUUAACUAAGUCUCCCCCAAACUUCAUUCAUAUUCUGUCAACUUUUUGCCAUAGCUGUAUACUACCAGUAUUUGCCUUUAAAUCAGCUCACCUUAAAAAACAAACAAAAAAAAAAAAACUUAAGUCAGAGGACUUUCUCCCACUACUUUGAGCAGGACACUAGUAUACUUGUCACUAAAGGGAAGGAGGGGGGAAGGGAAUUAAAUACUAAGCAAAAUAUGCAUAUUUUUGAUUACUAAUUAAAA